CCAUUGUUGACAAACACAAUGAAAUCAGGAGACAGGUGCAACCAACUGCUAGCAAUAUGAUGAAAAUGCUGUGGAACGAGAAAGCAGAAAUGACUGCUAGAAGUUGGGCCAGUAAAUGCCAACCAGUAUCUAGUUCGAAAGAAGAUCGAAGAGUGGAUGGAAUCAUAUGUGGUGAGACUGUACUACAAACAAAUCAUGCCAUGUUGUGGUCAGAUGUAAUUGAAUCUUUCGCAAGUGAACAGACUUACUUCCAGUAUGGCGUUGGGACAACUGACCAGGCACACAAUGUUUAUAGUUAUACUCAGAUUAUUUGGCAUAAUUCAAACCAGGUUGGAUGUUCACUUGCCUUCUGCCCCGAAAAUAACGGCAUAUUCGUAUAUGUUUGCCAUUACUGUCCUGGAGGAAACAUAGUAGAACAACUGAAUACACCAUACAAAGCAGGUCCACCAUGUGCCAACUGUGAUGGGAAAUGUGAGGAUAACCUCUGCAACAGCGCAUGCCCUUAUGCUGAUGCAUAUGACUACUGUGAUGACCUUAUUGAGAGCUUCUCAUGCUCACAGAAAUUUGUUCAAGAAAAAUGUAAGGGCUCCUGCCAUUGCGCUAUAGGUGAAGAAUAGAUAUACAAGAAUUACAAGAUUCCUCUCUGCGUCUUA